AUGGCAGAAUUGGAUUAUCAGUUCGAGGACGAGAUGGCGGAAGAUGGCGUUGCAGAUUCUGCCCGGGCUAUGCAAAGGAUGUCGUCCCCAUAUCUUGGGGAUAGAAGCAGCAAGCAGAGAAAGCCACCUACGUUUUCAGGGCUACAGCUGCUCAGUGAUGUGGCAGCCACCGACUAUAUGGAUUUUAUGGACAAGAUGCAAUCCGAGUUAGAGAAGAGCCGAUUGGAGGUGGCCAGGCUUACGGCUAAAUUGCGGCACUGCAUGCCAGUGCAACCACCAGCCAAGUUACGGUCUCAGGAUGAUGAGCAGCAUGUUUCACAGGCAAUGCCGUUAUCGACCGGGCAUACCGAGCCUAUAGAACAUAGGCCUACUUCUUUUUCGAAUCCACAAGAGAAGGCCAUAAAGACGUCAUCGCCAGUUAUGCAGUCUGAGUCUAAGAGGCCACUAUUGCAGUCACCUGAUGCAUCAAGCACCCCCCGAGUGCACUUACCUAUGAUGAAUAUGAGUGACAUCUCACCCCAUCCCAAGUCGAGGUCGCUAGCCGCGGUUGAAGUUUCACCAGAGUUGUCAAGGAGAGAGCCAAAAUCUCCUCAGCGUCAGCCCAAGACCGACACCCAGGUCAGUCAUGUCAGUGAUUGGCAACAACGAUUGGUGGAUACCAUGGCUUUACCGAAAACCUCUAUGAUGACAUUUUCGGGAGAUCCCAGACAGUUUUGGAUGAUUAUGCGACGUUUCAAUAGCUGCAUUGGGGACACAACCGUUGAUGAUAGCGCCAAGUUGAAUUGUCUGUUUGAGUUUUGUAAGGGUAAAGCUGCAGCUGUGAUUCAACCGUGUGCCAUUAUGGAUCCACGUAAAGGCUAUAUCCGAGCCCUGGAGUUGUUGAAGGAGCGAUUCGGUAAUGAGUACCAGAUAUCUGAAGCUUGUGUAAAGCACGUGACGGAAGGUCCAGUGAUAAAGGGGACUGAUUCUACGGCUCUGCAAGAUUUGGCUGAUGAGGUGUCAAGCUGUAGUGAAACCUUACAAGCAAUGAACUGUAUCGGUGAAAUCGACACGAGAUCAAGGGUCGUACAGGUUGUUGAGAGGCUACCUCUGUUUUUAAAGUCCAGAUGGCGUAAGCUUGCAGUGGAUAAAGUGGUGAAGGAUAAAGUUUAUCCAGGGAUACAGGAACUUGUAAAUUUCCUACAACGUGUCGCGCGAGAGGCAAACGAUCCCGUAUUUGGAGUCACCAAGCCGUCGGAGGAAGACUGUUCAAAGAAGGAUGGUCGCACCGCAGGUGGAAAGCCACAGGAUUAUGUGCAAUGGAAAGCUAGAUCCCACACUACAGGUGAAGCCAAGAACCUUGCGAAAGCCAACAUGAAAUGCUACAUCUGUGGAUCCACACACAGAUUGUUGGACUGUCCUGUUUGGAAGUCGGCGGCCGUGCCAAGGCGAUGGAGCCUAGCAAAGGAAAAGAGGUUAUGUUACAGAUGUUUGGCGGGAAAUCAUAUGGGUAAAAACUGCCCCCGCGGGAACACAUGCAAUGUCAAUGGCUGUGGUAAAAGUCACCAUUUCCAUCUUCAUGAAGACCGACCGUCACCAAAGUCAAAAGCCGACCCUGCCAAUAAUGCCAACAGUUCCUUUGGUACCAGUGAUUUUCAGCCUAAUGUACCCAUACAGGUUGUGCUGCGGACGGUUCCAGUGUGGUUAGUUGGUCCAGGAGGAAAGAGAGUGCUGAUAAAUGCCCUAUUGGAUGAAGGAUCUGACACGUCUUAUGUUCGAGCGGAUGUCGUAACAGCUCUGGGAAUAAGUGGAACUGAGGAGAAUUUGAAGAUUGCUUCAAUUGCUGACUGUGUGUCACUGGACAGCCAGAAAGUAGAAGUUCAGCUUGAGAGUAUAGAUGGCAGCACGGUUCGGAAGAUGAAGAUCUGGACGAUGAGUGACAUGUGCAGAAAGCUACCGAUACAGAAUUGGAACCACCACAAGACUAAGUUUGACCAUAUUGCUGAUUUGGAGUUUCCUACAGCAUCGGGUAGGAAGACUGUUGAUGUUUUGAUAGGAUCUGACUACCCAGAGUUAGGUAUCGCCCUUGAGGAGCGUAUUGGAAAACCCGGCGAGCCAGUCGCAAGGAGAACAUCGCUUGGUUGGACGUGUGUUGGUCCUCUACCCUUGAUCAAUGUACAUCAGACCACCACCAACUUCACGAUGAGCUUUCAUGCCACACACGAGUCAACCGAUCAGCAGUUGCAAAAGUUGUGGGACCAUGACGUCAUUGGAGAAGUUCAUGAGGACAUCCAUACUCCAGAAGACAAGAUGGUGAUUGAGAAAACUAAGAGUUCGAUAAGGAAGUUACCAGACCGGUUCGAAGUUGGGAUUCCUUGGCGUGAAGACCCUCCGGAUUUAAAAGAUAACAGAAUAGUGGCUGAAAGAAGACUUAGAUCACUUGAAGCCAGUCUGGUGAGGAGACCGGAAGUAGCCAAAAGAUACAAAGAAGCAUUUGAGGCGACUGUCGAGAAAGGAUACAUCACCAAGAUAUCAUCGGAAAAAGCGCAAGAACCAGGAUGGUACCUGCCGCAUUUUGCCGUGAUCCGGGAUGAUAAGCAAACUACGAAGGUGCGCAUCGUUUAUGAUGCUGCAGCAGCCUACGAAGGAACAAGUCUGAACCAGAAGAUGUUCCCAGGUCCGAAGCUGCAACGAGAUAUCUUGGAGAUCCUGCUGAAGUUUCGCUUAAAGCCUGUUGCCUUAAUCGGAGAUAUAAAGGAGAUGUUUAAUCAAGUCAGUAUGGCGGAGAAGGACAGGAAGUUUCACCGGCUGUUGUGGCGGCAUCUCGAUCCAACAGCACCCAUUGAAGUUUAUGAAGCAACCAGAUUGGUGUUUGGUGAUGCAGCAUCUCCGUUUUUGGCGCAGUUUGUAACAAAACAUCAAGCCGAGGCAAUGCGAGAGCAGUAUCCGGAGGCAGCAGAGGUUGUUCUCAAAGCAAUAUACAUUGAUGACGUAAUCGACAGCCUUGAAGAUGAUGAUGAAGCCAGGCGUAUGCGCCAGGAUCUACAAGCCGUUUUGAAACCAGCUGGUUUUACAAUCCGCCGUUGGUGCAGCAAUAGACUUGCUGUUCUGGAAGGGUUGGACGAGUCGGAGCAAGCAUCUGGAGUUAAUCUGGAAGAGUCGGUACUUCCCAGUGUGAAGACCCUUGGUGUUGAAUGGGAUGCAGCUUCGGACACGUUUACCUUCAUCUUAAGCAGUACCGAGCAGACGAUUACCACGAAGAGACAGAUUCUGAGUCGUAAUGCAACCAUCUUUGAUCCGUUCCAAUUCUUGGCCCCUGUUGUCAUCCGGGGCAAGAUAGCUCUGCAAGAAUGCUGCUUACGUGGAAUCGGAUGGGACGAUGACCUACCAGAUGAUAUCCAAACUAGACUUGACCAGUGGAUAGGAGAGCUACAGCGGGUGAACGAGAUUCACAUCCCUCGGUGUUAUCGCAACAGGCCAGUUGAAGAUAUCGUGAAGAUGGCCCUACAUACAUUUACAGAUGCCUCGAGACUCGCCUACGGGGCAGUAGCCUAUCUUAGGUACCAGUAUACAGAUGGAGAAAUUGGGAUCAGCAUGGUAGCUGCAAAGUUUAAAGUUGCUCCACUGAAGAACGUUAGCAUUCCCCGGCUCGAGCUGAUGGCUGCAGUUACAGGAGUGCGUCUAGCCAACGUCAUGGCCAGGAGUAUAUCCGUCCGAUUACUAGAUUGUGCCCACUCGUUGUGA